UUGCGCUGGGCAAAUGUCCUCGAAAGAUUUAAAAAUGUUUCGCGUCAUCGUCCUGCUGAGUUUCCUGGUAAUAAGAGCCUCAAGCCUGAACAAUCACUCGUUCCCCAACAACUUCAUGUUCGGCGUUGCCACGGCCUCUUACCAGAUCGAGGGUGGGUGGGAUGCAGACGGCAAGGGCGAGAAUAUGUGGGACUGGUGGACUCACACUUUCCCGGAAAAGAUCUCCAACCGCUAUAGCGGCGACGUCACUUGCGACAGCUACCACCUUUGGCGUGACGAUGUCGAGAUGCUUAAACAUUUGGGUGUUAAUCAUUACAGGCUGUCCAUCUCUUGGUCGAGGGUGCUACCAGAGGGUACGACGAACUACGUCAAUCAGAAAGGGGUCGAGUAUUACAGAAACCUGUUCCAGGCACUUUUAGAUAACGGGAUCACGCCUCUGGUGACGAUCUACCACUGGGACCUGCCACAACCAUUCAACGAACUCGGUGGCUGGAUGAAUCCCUUGAUAGUUGAUUAUCUGGGGGAUUACGCAAGGGUGUGCUUCCAGUUAUUUGGAGACCUGGUCAAAAACUGGAUCACCAUCAACGAACCACAGACUACAUGUCUUCAAGGUUACACUCAAGGCUACAAAGCACCUGGGUACGCCAAUGAAGGGGAAGGUAUCUAUUUGUGUGCUUACACACACGUUCUAGCACAUGCUAGGGCCUACCAUAUAUACGACGAGGAAUUUAGGGCAUUACAAAAUGGUACCAUAUCUAUUGUCCUUGACAGCAGCUGGUCAGAACCAGCAUCCGAUAGCGAUAAAGACUUGGAGGCGGCUGAAACCCAGAUGGAAUUUAUCCUUGGUCUGUACGCGAACCCCAUUUACAACGGUAACUGGCCUCGGGUAGUUAUAGAUAGGGUGGGCACCAGGAGUUUGCUGGAAGGUUACUCUAAGUCCCGUCUACCAGAGUUUACCCAGGAACAAAUCGACUACGUUAAGGGAACUUACGAUUUCUUCGCUCUUAACACGUAUGCUACCAAUCUCAUCUACCACCAAAUCGACGUCAACCAAUCGAUAGGUAAAGCGAGUUACUUCCUUGACAGUGGUACCGGUUCUAAGACGGACCCUUCUUGGAAAACGGUAGUCGGGUGGGUGAACGACGUACCGUGGGGCUUUAGAAAGUUGCUUAACUGGGUAUCGGAGCAUUACAAACGCCCUGAUAUAUUCAUAACGGAAAACGGAUGGUCAGAUUAUACCGGAGAGCUGAACGAUCAAGACCGAAUUGAAUAUAUAGGUAAUUACUUGAGCGCCAUCUUGGAUGCGAUCUACGAAGAUGGAAUCAACAUCUUAGGAUACACGGUAUGGACUCUGAUGGAUAACUUCGAAUGGCAAGUUGGAUAUUCUCAGAAAAUGGGGUUGUACUACGUUGAUUUUGACAGUCCCAACAGAACCAGGACCCCCAAAGCUUCGGCGGAGUGGUUCGCUGGGGUUAUUCGGGGAAGAUGUCUGCUGGAUCAAUGCGAGAAUUAA